AUGCAUAUUAACAGCAUCUGUAUCGUCUUUUUCCUUUUAUUUGUAUCAACUGCAACACAAUUGUUGCCAAAUUCAAGUAUUGUAACUGCUAAUCAAUCGGGUGAUUUUAAUUCUCUAAAUACAUGGACCAAUAAUAUUAGGCCACAAGAUAAUUCAACUGUCAUAAUUCCUGCAAAUAUUACUGUCUAUAUUAGUGAUGAAUCAUAUUUGAAUAUGAAUAUUCAAUCAUUGAGAAUUUAUGGAAAAUUACAAAUUGGUUCUCCAAAUAUUUCAUCUUUAACAAGUUCAUUUAGAUUUUCAUAUUCAAUUAAUAUAAUGAUAUUUGAUGGAGGAUUAUUAGAAGAUUUAACUUCAAAUCAUACAUGGUUUAUUUUACCAAAUUCAAUAAUAAGUAUUUAUAGAAAUGCUUCAUUCUAUUCCUUACAAUCAACAAAAAUUAUUUCGAAUAAUUCAAAUCAAACAUUAAUUUCAACUAUUAAUGGUCCAUAUACAUUAACAGUUGAUCUUCAAGGAACAAUUCAACAUUAUUCAUCAAUAACAUUUGUUUCUUAUCAAUCCGGUGAAUUUUCAUUAAAUUCUAUUUGGAUAGGUGGAUUAUCACCAACAUUUGAUCGAUGUUCACCAACUUCUGGUGGAUGUAUUUUAUUUAUUCCAGCUGGUAUUAAAUUAACAAGAUAUAAUAAUCAAUCAACAAUAAAUGCUUUUGAUAUUCAUAUAUAUGGUAUUUUUGAAAUAUCUUCUUGGGAUAUUUAUUUAUUUCGUUAUCCAAUAAGAUUUCUUAUUUAUAAUGGUGGAAUAUUUCAAGAUGCAACACAAAAUGGUUUUCAAUUUUAUAUAAAUUCAUCAAUUGUUGUUGAUACUGGCGGAUUAUUUAUUACACGACCUUCAAAUACUAUUUCAUCAUAUAUAGAUAGAAAUGUUAUUAUCUCGUCUUUGAAAUUAUAUAAAACUAAUAUUACUGGUCCUUAUCAAAUUUCUAUUGAUAGAAAUGGAAAUAUUUAUGACAACGGUUCUUUAUUUACGUCGACAACAAUAGGAACAACAACAAAAGUCACAGUUCCACCAGGUAAUACUCUUACGUGUUACUCAUGUCAUGAUUGUGAUGAUCCAUUUAAUUCCAAUGGUGUGAUAACUGUAUCAGUACCUGCUAAUCAAGGAUAUUAUUGCCGAAAAUCAUCAAUAAUGACUGUUGUCGAUCGAGAUGUGGGGCAAUGGUGUGUUCAAGAUAAUGUAAGAGGCAAUGGUCUAUGGUGUUGUCAAUCGAAUUUAUGUAAUCAUGCUAAAUCAAUGACUUCAACAAGUUUUCUUAUUUUACCUUUAACUUUAAUUAUGAUAUUGAAACUUUUCUAA